AGACGGUUUCGAACUAUUGUCAAGUCUAUACCUUCUCGUGAACAGACUGAUGGAGUUGGGGCUCGGGUGCGGCGUUCCAUUGGAGGGUAUGAAGUUCGAUACCACGAUCCAUUUCUUUUACUGGACGAGUUUAUGGUGGAUCGGAACGGGGGAUUCUUGGACCAUGCUCAUCGAGGGUUCGAAACUGUGACCUACAUGUUACGAGGACAGUUCCAACAUGAGGAUUUUGCAGAUCGGAAAGGGGUGAUCGGACCGGGUGACGUGCAAUGGAUGACAGCCGGGCGAGGCAUCGUCCACUGUGAGAUGCCAGUGAAAUCACAGACACCUGCUCAUGGAUUACAGUUGUGGGUGAAUCUGUCGAAGGAAUACAAGAUGUGUGAACCUCAAUAUCAAGAACUUAGAGAUGAACAGAUCCCUCGUGCCAGACAAAACAAUGAUGGUGUUGUCAUCAAAGUGAUUGCAGGCGAAUCACAUGGAGUGAAAAGCCCUGUGUACACUCGUACACCGAUCAUGUAUUUAGACUUCAAGAUGAAGAAAAACAGAUCAGUCGAGCAGACGAUCCCGGUUUCUUUUUCAGGAUUCGUUUAUGUGCUCAGGGGAACAGUUCAUAUUUUCAAAGGUGAGGCCCAACAUACGUUGGUGCUGUCAGAAGGAGAUGGAGCUGAUCGGAUCAAGUUUGAUGAAGAGAAAGGAGGCGCGCACUUUGUAUUGAUUGCAGGAGAACCAUUGAAGGAACCAAUGGUGCAGCAAGGUCCAUUUGUGAUGAACACAAAAGAAGAGAUUGUGGAGACGUUCGCUGAUUAUCGAGAUGGUAAGAAUGGGUUCGAGCGGGCACCAUUUUGGCGCUCG